GCUUUUGAAAGUGCAUGGAUGACUUCUGAAACCCAAAUAGGUAACAUUAUGCAGAGGAAAUUUAGUGAUGCAGCAUUUUCUGAAAUAGAAAAUAUUGAAAGUUUUGAGAGAGCAUUAUCAGACUCAAGUACAAAUAGUAUUGAUAAACAUUCUUCAAUUCCAUUUCAUUCGGGUGGAAAUGAUAUAAUCUCAGGUGUUAAGACAGAUGUAGGAACAAAAUCCAGCAUUCUGUGUCCAUGUGAAUGCCACUCUUGUGGUUGUGGCUGCCAUUACAUCACUGUUGACCUGUCUGAACGUUUAAGACAGACUUCACUGUGGACCAUAGAAAACCAAAGUGCACCAGUAACUGAUGGAUCUGAUAUUGAUUUUUCAGUAGAAACUUGCUCUUGUGAGUGUCAUUUUGGAAGUGAGGUGUCUAUGACAUUGUCUGAAAGAAGUUUGGGAAGAGAUUCUGAGGAAAAAGAGCUUUCUGGUGAUAGUGGCCAUGUUCAAGAACAACAUCUUGCUAUCAAAGAAGGAAGUGAAUUUCAGUUUUGAGACUCAUCAGACAUUAUUUGUUUAGGGUUAGUGUAGAUAAUGGAUUAUUUAAAGAAGAAAAUAAAAAGCCACAAGAAGGAAAGUGGUAGUGAUGAAGAGUUGGAUACUGAUGAGUGUUUGAAUCAACUUGAAUCAAAAGGCAGACAGACUCAGCAGCACAACUCGGAGGACUGGCAGUUCUUCCAGCAGCUCACACAGAAAGUUCAAGAUACGCUUCAGAAGACACAAACUAACUUGAGUAAGCUGAAGGAAGAAAGUGCCAUUUCUGUCCUUCAUAAAUCACAACUUUCUUCCAAUGAUGUAGAAACAAAACAUUUUCCCAGUGAAAACAGGAUUGACAUUGACAGCUCAUUUUUUGUACCAGACCAAAAUAAACUUAGUAGUUUAUCUGUAAUUUCUCAGAUAAAAACUUCCAAAGGCUCAAAGCCUCCUCCUAGACCCCCACCACCCAAGAGAAGUAAAGACAGAAAAAAAUGGGGGGAAAAAGACUUGCAUCUUCUUAACACAACUUCAGAAACUACAAAAGAAAUACAAAUACCUUUACUAAUUUUCACUGCAGAAGACAAUGAAGAACAGACUGAGCAAGAAGAAAAAAAAGAGAUGGAAGAGAAACCUUUGUCCAUUUUUUCCCUGGAAGGCAGUUCUGAGGUAACCAAAGAAAACUCUGCAGUUUUCCACCACUACCCUGAUAAGCUGAACACGUUGACAGAUUAUCCUCUGACUUUAGAUGACCCCUUUGACACAUCCUUUGUAGACAUGUCAUGUUUGUGUUCAUCAGAAGUUUCUUGUGUUGAUGAUGAUAAAAGUAAAGUACCUGUCAAUAAGCCUGUUGUAAGUUGUGAGAAAAAUCAAAGACCUGUUUCUUAUUCUCAUGUAGAACCAUUUUUUUAUGAUACUCAGAAGUUAUCUCCCACUGAGAAUCUUGUUAGUGACUUAUCAUCAAUGGUGUUUGAAGAAUGUGGGGAUACGUCUGAAACAUCAUUAUUACAUAGUCAUCCUAAAGCAGUUGUGAAAGGUAGCAAAGAUUGGCUAAUGAAAGAAACAGAAAAUACUGUGAAGGUACCACGCUUUCCAUCGAUGAACCCAUUUAUUUCAAAACAAGUGAAACCAUUUAAUCAGUUAUUUCCUACUGCAAGUGUAGAUGUAACUCAUGUGUCAGUCUCUGCUAGUAAUCCAUUCAAGUGUGAAGAUAAUCUUGUGUCUAAAUCUCACAAUAGUAGUCAAUGUGUUGUAAAUAAUAGUGCUGUUUCUUCAUAUUCUUAUAACCAACCUGGAUUUCAAAAGUCAAAAGAACAACCACUGAUAGACUUUGCUGACGACAGUGCCAUUACCAAUCCUGAAUGGACAAAAGAAAAAGAAACAUUCCAAGAUUUAGUGGUACUCUUUGAUUCUGGAAAAAAUACAAAAGGAGGAAGAUCAGGAAAGUGUAUAGAAGAAAUCCCUAGAACAGUUUGUUCAAGUGAGCACAAAAUGACAAUACAAACUGCUGAUGUAUUCUCAGGAACAAAAUUUGUUGAAAUGGAAAAGCAAGAAAACUUCGACUCCUUUGGAUUACAUAAAUGUUUUAAAACCAAAGAAAAGAGUAUGUUGGACAAGUACAGUGACUCUGAAAUAUCAAACACUCUAGAAAGUGUCAGUUAUGUUAAAAAACAGGAUUAUCAAUCUUCAGUUUUAAUACCUUCGGAAAAGUCACAGUUGGAAGGUAAAACUGUAACUUGUGAAGAUUAUUCUUGGUUCACAUCAAAUGAGGAUAAUUGCAUUUAUAGUAGUGAUAAUGAUAAUAAUGUCACCACAAGCAAGAAAGAGAUUGAUUUUAGUGUAGGUAAAACUGAUCAUGUUAAUACUUAUCUUUUGGGAAAGUCUAAAUUUAGUGAUUCUGAAUCUCAAUGUAUUUCGGGUAUUGGAAAUCAAAUUGCCUCUUUUAAUUUAGGUAAUGAAUUUAUUCAUGAAGGAAGCAAAAUUCAACAUAGUGAGAAAAAAAUUCUAAGUGGAGAGGAAAAAGCAGAUCUUUUCUUAUAUGCAUUUGAGAAAAAAUCUACAUGUAGCAUGAAAAAUGCAAGAACAUGCAAUAAAAAAGAUUAUGAAGUUGAUACUUUAACUCCAAACAAAAUCUUAGGUUUAGAUUCAUCUGCAAAAGAUACUGAUUGGCUUAGGGAUUUUGAGGAGGUUUAUUUGAAAAAGGAAAGUAAUAAAAACAAUCUGGUAAACUUUGAUUUAGAUGAAGAUAAUAAUUUGUUGAAUAAGGGAGCAUGUAAAGAGACUGAGGUAUUAACAACUACAGAAUUUCCAGCUAAUAGAAUAUCUACAAAAGAGUUACCAGAAUUUGCUGAGUUUGAUCUUCUUCAAGCUACUGAAACAGAACAGCAUUUCACAUCAGGUUUUGAUCCAUUUGAUACCAAUGUGGUACAGCUAACUUCUGGUUCUGACCCACAGGCAUCCACUGACACUACUGCCUUUGAAGCUUUUGCAGCCAAGUUUGAAGAAGCUAUUAAGAAACAAGAGAGAACUGUUGCCAGCAGUGUUGAUGAGUUUGAUUCAUUUGUAUCUCUGAAACUAGAUAACAAGUUACUGAGUAGUGAUGAGGAGGAUUUUAAUUUGGAAGAAAGAGCUGUUAAAUUUUCAUCCCCUAAAAACCAACCAGAUGCAAUUCCUGUAGAAAAGUUGCCCAAGAAACCAUCUGAAGACUCAUUUAGUGAUGAGGAUGAAGGAAAUACUGUUGACUUUUCCUUCCUUAUUAAACCAAAGAUAAGAAGCAGACCCAUUAAAGACAAAAGUUCUUUGCAACCUAUGCCCUUGCUUCCUCCACCUCCAAGGAGUCCAGAUUAUUCUUCUGCUUUGAGCACCACAGAAUUUGGUUAUGGUCCAAGAUUAUCAGAAGGAAAGCUAACAUUAGAGACAACAGAUAAAUUACCAGAACAGGAAAUAGAGCUUCCUGCAGCAUUUGGAGAGUCAAGUGUGCCUAUCAACCAAACAGAUUCUUCUGAAACUGCUUCUCCGUUGUUUGAUGAUGACAUUUCUGAGCCUUUAGAGGAUUUUAUAUCAAAAUCUAGUGAUGAUGGCUGGGAAUUACUUUUGCGACAGCCAAUAAAGAGAAAAAUUACAGGAAGCAGGUUUUGGAAAAAAGUUUACGUGAAGUUUUCAGAAAACAGUGUUGUGCAACUCUUCAGUUUAAAGGAAGACAGUAGUCCAUUUCAAGAAGUUCCACUUCAGGCUUGUUACUCUAUGUCGGAGAUCAGUUCUCAACAGUAUGAUGUAUAUGGGAAGAUUUUUACGGUUAAAUUACAUUUUGUGUUCUAUCGAGAACGAGUGGGUGUCCGACCAGGUCAGAUAUCCAAGGUGAUACAAGGACAAGUAACUAGCAUUAGUCAGAUUGGAAAACUAGGCCUACCACUGCAGCAUGUGCCACAAAUAUCAUCACUGCUGAAGCUGGGAUCUCAGAGCUACAAAGAUAUCAAAACCUUUGUUCAGGCAGUAGAAGAUACUCUGUUUCAUCUGCCUACACAUCGAGAUCAAGUUAUGAAUCACAAGGCCGAAGAAGUUCAGGUCACUGUUUAUGAUGAAAUGAUUGUCCACCAAGACAAAAAUGGACAGGUCCUUAAACAGAAGGCUCGUGUCCGAGUUUUCUUUCUUUCUUUCAUUUCUGGAAUGCCCAUUGUGGAGGUAGGACUGAAUGACAUUAAACGUCAGGGAAUGGAAGUAGUUGGCCGUCAUGACAUUAUUCCAGUUACUACAGAAGAAUGGAUUCGACUAGAAAACUGUGAAUUUCAUUCCUGUGUUUUUUCAGAAGAUUUUGCAAAUAGUCGAACAAUUAGAUUUCAACCACCAGAUGCAUGUAACUUUGAACUCGUCAGGUUCCGGGUCCGACCUCCAAGAAAUAGAGAACUUCCUCUUCAGGUGAAAGCAUUAAUGACUGUCAGUUCCUCAAAAGCAGAGAUCAGAUGUGACCUUCUUGUACCAGGUUGUCUAAAUCACAAGCGUGAACAGAUCCCAUGUGAGAACAUCCAGAUCAGGCUUCCUGUUCCAGAGUGCUGGGUGUACCUCUUCAGGAUGGAGAGACAUCACAAGUAUGGAACAGCUAAGUCAACUACAAGACAACCUGGAAAAAUGAAGGGUUUUGACAGGAUUAAGGCCACAGUACAGACAGCUGAACCAAGUCUAAUUCAAGUUUCUGUUGGACAAGCCAAGUAUGAACAUUCACUUCAAGCAGUAGUAUGGAGAAUAUCUCGACUUCCAAAAGAAGGGCAAGGUGCAUAUACAACUCAGUUUUUUUUAUCCCGUUUGAAUCUAACUUGCUUCGACCAGAUUCCAAACUCUGUUUGUCAAGAGGUCAAUGUAGAGUUUAGCAUGCCCGCCACCAUCGUUUCCCACACAACAGUCCGUUCAGUGUCCAUUCCAUGUUCUUCUCCUCCUGAGAAAUUUGUCAGAUAUUCUUCUAAACAUGAGUAUCAAAUAGAAAUGGAUUUCAAGUUUAUUUCUGCAGAUUGUGAUGAAUUGGCUGGCAACGAAGAACCUUCGUUACCUAUUCUUCUAUCGACAUCAUUGGUGGAUACUCCGGAAACAGAGAGUGGUAAUGAAAAUGAUUAAAAUAUCUGAAGAGUAUGCAUUGAUGAGACAUAAAGUUAGAACAGAUACACAUAGGUCAGAAGGGGAUUAUUUAUUCAUGAAAUUUCUUAUUCACUUAAAUAAUAUUUUCAACUUAUCUUCCUUAACCUAAAGUAUUUGGUUUGCUGAGAUUUUGUGGAAGAGUUGACUUAAUUCGUUAUUAAGGGAUUUUCUCCAAACAUUUGGUGCUUGGGCAAAACAUGAAGACUCAAAGUAGUGUUAAAAGUGUAUAGUGAAGUAAUUUUUUUUUUCCUUCUGUAAGAAUCUGAGAGAUGAAAAUAUUUAUUAUUGCAUGUCUGAUUAAAAAGACAAUAGUUUAAGUUAGCAUGAGGAAACGGGUGUCAGAUUUGUUUUGUUUGUUCAAUGUGAGUAUGAAGGAGUUUUAUUAGGUGGUUUUGAUUUUUAAUGCUUGAGCUUUUGUAUUCAUAGUUUUAUAUGGAAAUUUUAUGUCAGAUCUGAUUUUUUGCAUUUAUUAUUAAUAUUUGUAUUAUAUUCAAGGUUUAUAAAUCUGUGUUUGCUACACCCCUGAAGUGUUGUGAUGUAUGCCUUAUUGUUUAUACUUGUGAAGAUCAAGAACUUAAUAUGAUUGGCCAAAUUUAACUGGAAGGAUAAGUGUUUUUUUAGCUAUUAUUAUUAUUAUUUUAUUUUUUCAUAAGUUGUUUUAUUGUGUUAGUGUGAAGCCUGUGUAUUUAUGGUGGAUAAACAAAUAUAAGAUAAAAGUUUUAGUAGUCAUGUACUUCGUUUAAAUUAACGCUAUGUAAAUUUUUGUUUAGUAUCAGAAGUACGAUGUUUAAAGAGAAUGUGUUAAAUGUGGCAAAGAUAUACAGUAAAUAUUGUUCCAACAAAAUACAAGUUAACAAAAACUUAAAGAAUGAUGAAUCAGAAGUAAAACAUAUGAAGAGAAUAUAUUGAAGGUUGCACCGGAGGACGUUUUGAAUAUUUUACUGGAAGUCAAAAGAAUUAACAAAACUUUGAAUUUUUGUCUAGAACAAAAUUAAUUUAAAAAGUUGUUUUAGUACUAGUAAAAAAAUUUUAGAAGUACCUUUGAAAUGUAAUCAGAAUUUGAACAGUUAAAAGAGAGAUGUUGAAUGUGGCAUCAGAACUAGAAAAGUUAAAUAAGAAUGUGAAAUCUGCCAAAAAUGGAACAUUUACAGACAACAUGAAAUAUACUACAACUGGAAUAUUUAAAGGAGUCAUGUUGAUAGUCAUACAAGAAAUACAUCCAAAUAAGACAUGCUGAAAGUUGUUUCAGAACUACAAUGCUUAAAGAAAAGAAGUGGAAUGUUUUUUUUUUUACAACUACAAGAGGUAACAUUUCUGAACUUUUUUAGUAACACUAUAAUAUGUUAAAUAAAUUUAAUAUUGUUAGGCUUUCUGAUUGUUAUUAUAACACAGUAUUCUUAACAUAAACGAACAUAGUUCCUUUAAUCAGUAACAAAUGACUUGUUUUGUCAACAGAUGGCAGUAUAUUUGAAAAUCAGAUGUAUCUAGUCAAGAUUAGUUUGAGUUCUUUAUGAGAGCUUGUAAAUAGACAUGCAAGUACUUUUCAAGCAAUGUACUAAAUCAUGUUGAAAGGAAAUGUUUUCUUAGUAGUAAAAACUCUUAUAAAUAGUUUCCAUUAUUUAGAUUUACCCAUAAGUGCAAAAUAAUUAAACAUGAGAAUUAUUUUUAAUCUUGUUACCAUGAUUAUACUUUGGUAAAGCAGAUUAAAACUUGUACACAAGUAUGAUGUAUUACAAAACAUAGCUUUCAUGUUUUAAUAUGAUUUGAGUAUUUUUUUUCCAUAUAUACAUUUUUUGUGUUUUGGGAACAUUACUGCUCAGUUAUCAGGUUUUCCACUCAGGGGUAGCAGAACAUUUUUAGGGGGGGAGCAAUAAAUUAGAAAGCUGAAAUUGAUCUAGAUUUUUAAUUUAAAAAAAUGGUCAUCAAAUCAAAUGUAAUAGUGUUUAUAGAAGUUUUAUUUUUUUUA